UCUGGGCCCGGCCCGGCCCCGGCGCGCGCGGCCGGAGGCUCCGGGGGCGGAGGGCAGUGGCACGGCCAGGCCCCGGCCCGCUGGAGAGCGCGGGGCCUGCAUGGCCAGCCCCGCCGCCGCAGAACGAGACAGCCUUCUGCUCAGCCAUGAGUGUGUGUCUGUGCCAUCGUCCACCCCUUGGGCAGCAGCAGCGGCACUGAUCACGGCCACAAGUGACUUGGGAGAGCAGCCACCCCGAGAGCUGAUGGCUGGCAUGUCGCAGCGACCACCCAGCAUGUACUGGUGUGUGGGGCCAGAGGGGUCAUCCAUGUGUCCAGAACACGCCAUGGAGACACACAAUGGUGCUGCGGACAUGGGCAGCAAACUGUCCGUGCCAGGCGGUGACCCCACAGCACGGUGCCCUGGGACAGAAGACAUUCACACCGCAUACAAGCAGGGAGACCCCAACAGAGCCCGGCACCUGCUCAGAGAGGCUUGUGACGAGACCACAUCCCAGCUGGAAAGGGGCCAGCUUCUGAGCAUCUCAGUGGCCUAUGGGGAUCUGGAGACCGUCCGCUGUCUUCUCACUGAGAGGCGGAUAGAGCUGCCGACAGAGCCCACCGACGACAACCCCGCCGUGGUGGCAGCGCAUUUUGGGCAUACGGACAUUGUGCAUGAAUUACUCGAGUCUUUGCCAGGUCACUGCUGCCCCCAGCGGCUCCUGAACUGGAUGCUGGCCCUGGCCUGCCAGCGAGGGCACCUGGGGGUGGUGAAGCUACUCGUCCUGACACACGGGGCUGACCCCGAGAGCUACGCGGUCAGGAAGAACGAGUUCCCUGUCAUCGUGCGCUUGCCGCUGUAUGCAGCGAUCAAGUCAGGGAAUGAAGACAUUGCCAUCUUCCUGCUUCGGCAUGGAGCCUUCUUCUGCUCCUACAUCUUACUGGACAGCCCUGACCCCAGCAAACACCUCCUCCGAAAGUACUUCAUCGAAACCAGUGCCUUGGCCAGCAGUUGUUCAGGAAAAGUGGCUCUCCGUGUGAAAUGGGCCCACCUCAGGUUGCCCUGGGUGGACCUCGACUGGCUCAUAGACAUCUCCUGCCAGAUCACCGAGCUGGACCUUUCCGCCAACUGCCUGUCCUCCCUCCCUUCUGUCAUCCCCUGGGGGCUCAUCAACCUCCGGAAGCUGAACCUGUCGGAUAACCACCUGGGGGAACUGCCGGGUGUGCAGUCAUCAGAUGAAAUCAUCUGUUCCAGGCUCCUGGAAAUUGACAUUUCCAGCAACAAGUUGUCCCAUCUGCCGCCAGGGUUCUUGCACCUGUCAAAACUUCAAAAACUGACAGCUUCAAAAAAUUACUUAGAAAAAUUGUUUGAAGAAGAAAGCGCCACUAACUGGAUUGGUUUGCGGAAGUUACAGGAACUCGAUAUUUCUGACAACAGAUUGACAGAACUCCCUGCGAUUUUUCUUCAUUCUUUCAAGUCCCUCAAUUGUCUGAAUGUCUCCAGAAAUAACCUGAAGGUGUUUCCAGACGCCUGGGCCUGUCCUUUGAAAUGUUGUAAAGCAUCCAGAAACGCUCUGGAAUCUCUACCGGACAAAAUGGCUGUCUUUUGGAAAAACCACCUGAAGGAUGUGGAUUUCUCAGAAAACGCGCUCAGAGAAGUUCCCCUGGGACUUUUCCAGCUUGAUGCCCUCACGUUCUUGAGGUUACAGGGAAACCAGCUGGUGGCACUGCCACCUCAAGAGAAGUGGACCUGCCGACAACUCAAAACCCUGGAUCUCUCCCGAAACCAAUUUGGCAAAAACGAAGACGGACUUAAAACAAAGCGUAUUUCCUUUUUCACCACCAGAGGGCGCCAGCGCUCAGGGACAGAGACAGCGUGUGUGCUGGAAUUGCCGGCCUUCCUAAGUGAGUCCUUAGAAGUCCUGUGUCUGAACGACAAUCAUCUGGACGCAGUGCCCCCCUCCGUUUGCCAGCUGAAGAGCUUAUCAGAACUCUACUUGGGGAACAAUCCAGGCCUCCGAGAGCUCCCUGCUGAGCUGGGGCAUUUGGGAAACCUCUGGCAGUUGGACACUGAAGACUUGAAUAUCAUCAACGUGCCCGCAGAGGUCAGAAAAGAAGGCCCCAAAGCCAUGUUGUCUUACCUGCGUGCUCAGCUGCGGAAAGCCGAGAGGUGCAAGCUCAUGAAGAUGGUCAUCGUGGGUCCCCCGCGCCAGGGCAAGUCCUCCGUCCUGGAGGUCCUACAGACGGGCCGGGCCCCCCAAGUGAUGCAUGGCCAGGCCACCAUCAGCACCACCAAGUGGGAGCUCCAGAGGCCAGCUGGCUCCAAAGCCAAGGUUGAUUCCGUGGAAUUCAACGUCUGGGACAUCGGUGGCCCUGCCAGCAUGGCCACCGUCAACCAGUGCUUCUUCACGGACAAAGCCCUGUAUGUGGUGGUCUGGAACCUGGCGCUGGGGGAGGAGGCCGUGGCCAGCCUGCAGUUCUGGUUGCUGAACAUUGAGGCCAAGGCCCCAAACGCUGUGGUGCUGGUGGUCGGGACACACCUGGACUUGAUUGAAAGCAAAUUCCGCGUGGAGAGAAUCGCGACGCUGAGGGCCUACGUGCUGGCGCUCUGCCGCUCGCCGUCUGGGUCCAGGGCCACCGGCUUCCCGGACAUCACUUUCAAACACUUACAUGAGAUUUCCUGUAAGAGCCUGGAAGGCCAGGAGGGACUGCGGCAGCUGAUUUUCCACGUCACGUGCAGCAUGAAGGACGUGGGCAGCACCAUCGGCUGCCAGCGCCUUGCCGGGAGGCUGGUCCCCAGGAGCUACCUGAGCCUCCAGGAGGCCGUGCUGGCAGAGCAGCAGCGACGCAGCCUGAAUGACGAAGUGCAGUACCUGACAGACAGGCAGCUGGAGCGGCUGGUGGAGCAGACGCCCGACAAUGAUAUUGCCGACUUUGAGGACCUGCAGUCUGCCAUCAGCUUCCUCAUAGAAACGGGCACCCUGCUCCACUUCCCGGACACCAGCCGCGGCCUGAGGAACCUCUACUUCCUGGACCCCAUCUGGCUGUCAGAAUGUCUGCACAGAAUCUUCAAUAUCAAAGGCUCCCGCUCGGUGGCCAAGAACGGGGUGAUCCGGGCGGAGGACCUCAGGAUGCUGCUGGUUGGGACCGGCUUCACGCAGCAGACAGAAGAGCAGUACUUCCAGUUCCUGGCCAAGUUUGAGAUCGCCCUGCCCGUGGCCAACGACAGCUAUCUCCUGCCACAUCUCCUUCCGUCCAAACCUGGCCUGGACACCCACGGAAUGCGGCACCCCACGGCCAACACCAUUCAGAGGGUGUUUAAGAUGAGCUUCGUUCCUGUCGGCUUCUGGCAAAGGUUCAUAGCCCGGAUGCUGAUCAGCCUGGCGGAGAUGGACCUUCAGCUUUUCGAAACCAAGAAGAACACGAAGAACAGGCACAGGAAAGUCACCAUUUACAGUUUUGCAGGAAACCAGAGAAAUCGCUGUAGCACGUUCCGAGUAAAAAGAAAUCAGACCAUCUACUGGCAGGAAGGCCUCCUGGUCACUUUUGAUGGGGGCUACCUCAGUGUGGAAUCCUCGGACGUGAACUGGAAAAAGAAAAAAAGUGGAGGAAUAAAAAUCAUUUGCCAGUCAGAGAUGAGGGACUUCUCGGCAAUGGCUUUCAUCACAGACCAUGUCAAUUCCUUGAUUGAUCAGUGGUUCCCCGCCCUGACGGCCACAGAGAGCGAUGGGACCCCACUCAUGGAGCAGUACGUGCCCUGCCCGGUCUGCGAGACCUCCUGGGCCCAGCACGCCGACCCUGGUGACAAAUCGGAGGGCGUGCAGUACUUCGACAUGGAAGACUGCGUGCUGACAGCCAUCGAACGGGACUUCAUCUCCUGCCCCAGGCACCCCGACCUCCCCGUGCCUCUGCAGGAGCUGGUCCCCGAGCUAUUCAUGACAGACUUCCCGGCCAGGCUCUUCCUGGAGAACAGCAAGCUGGAGCACAGUGAGGACGAGAGCAGCAUCCUGGGCCAAGGCGGGAGUGGCACCAUUAUCUACCGGGCCCGGUACCAAGGCCAGCCCGUGGCCGUGAAGCGAUUCCACAUCAAGAAAUUCAAGAACUUCGCGAACGUCCCAGCAGACACCAUGCUGAGGCACCUGCGGGCCACGGAUGCCAUGAAGAACUUCUCCGAGUUCCGGCAGGAGGCCAGCAUGCUGCACGCCCUGCAGCACCCCUGCAUUGUGUCCCUCAUCGGCAUCAGCAUCCAUCCCCUCUGCUUCGCCCUGGAGCUUGCCCCGCUGGGCAGCCUCAACACCGUGCUGUCCGAGAACGCCAAAGGUUCUUCCUUUAUGCCCCUGGGACACAUGCUUACCCAGAAAAUCGCCUACGAGAUUGCCUCGGGCCUGGCCUACCUGCACAAGAAAAGCAUCAUCUUCUGUGACCUGAAGUCGGACAACAUCCUGGUCUGGUCUCUGGAUGUCAGGGAGCACGUGAACAUCAAGCUGUCGGACUAUGGGAUUUCGCGGCAGUCUUUCCACGAGGGCGCCCUGGGCGUGGAGGGCACUCCCGGCUACCAGGCGCCAGAAAUCAGGCCACGCAUCGUGUAUGAUGAGAAGGUGGAUAUGUUCUCCUAUGGCAUGGUGCUCUACGAGCUGCUGUCGGGACAACGGCCCGUGCUGGGCCACCACCAGCUUCAGAUUGCCAAGAAGCUGUCCAAGGGCAUCCGCCCGAUCCUGGGGCAGCCAGAGGAAGUGCAGUUCCAUCGGCUGCAGGCGCUCAUGAUGGAGUGCUGGGACACGAAGCCCGAGAAGCGACCGCUGGCCCUGUCGGUGGUGAGCCAGAUGAAGGACCCGACCUUUGCAACGUUCAUGUACCAGCUGCCAUGUGGGAAGCAGACAGCCUUCUUCUCAUCCCCGGGCCAGGAGUACAUGGUGGUGUUCUGGGAUGGGAAAGAGGAGUCCAGGAAUUACACAGUGGUGAACACAGAGAAGGGCGUUCUGGAAGUCCAGCGAGUGAGCUGUGCGGGAAUGAAGCUGAGCUGCCAGCUCAAGGUCCAGAACUCUCUGUGGACGGCCACCGAGGACCAGAAAAUCUACGUAUACAAUCUCAAGGGCAUGUGUCCCUUAAACGUGCCCCAGCGAGCUCUGGACACCCCAGCUGUCGUCACCUGCUUCUUGGCAGUGCCUGUUUUAAAAAAGAAUUCCUACCUGGUGCUGGCGGGCCUUGCGGACGGGCUUGUGGCCGUGUUUUCUGUGGUGCGGGGCACCCCAGAUGACAGCUGCUCCUACCUGUGCUCACACACAGCCAACAGGUCCAAGUUCAACAUCCCAGAUGACGACGUGCGGCAGAACCUGUACCCUGUGAGGACCAUGGAAGUGGUCAACAGCGGGUCUGAGGUCUGGUACAGCAACGGGCCGGGCUUGCUGGUCGUAGACUGUGCGACCCUGGAGAUCAGCAGGCGGCUGGAGCCCUUCUCGGCCCCGUCGGUGGUCACGUCGCUCGUGUGCAGCUCUGAAUGUAGGGGCGAGGAGGUGGUCUGGGGACUGGACGACAGGGCCAACUCCUUGGUGAUGUACCAUUCGGCCACCUACCAGCUGUGCGCCCGCUACUUCUGCGGGGACCCCAACCCCCUCAGGGACAUGUUUCCCGUGCGCCCGCUGGACCUGGAGCCCCCGGACAGCCACGUGGCCAGCCCCAAGAAGCCUGAAGGGGGCGCCAUCGCAGACGUGAGCAUCAUGUACAGCAAAGAGCUGGGCACACAGAUCCUGACCCACCAGGACUCGCUGACAGACUACUGUUCCAUGUCCUCCUACUCCUCGUCCUCACCCCACCCCUCAAGCCUGCCCUGCUCCCCGGCAAGCUUUUCCGGGGUGCCCUUCUCCACCGACUGCCAGAACUCGGACAGGCUGCGCGAGCCCGUGGCGGGCUCCGACAGGUCCGAGCACGAGCUGAGCCCCGUGGACGGGGAGGCUUUCAGCCAGCACCUGCAGGCCGUGAAGGUCCUCGCCGUGAAAGACGUCAUCUGGGUCCCCAGGCGCGGCGGAGAUGUUAUCGUCAUCGGUCUGGAGAAGGACGGGGGCGCCCAGCGGGGCCGCGUCAUCGCUGUCUUGAAAGCCCGAGAGCUCACGCCGUGGGGGGUGCUUGUGGACGCGGCUGUGGUGGCAAAGGAUACAGUUGUGUGCAGCUUUGAGAACGAAAACAUGGAGUGGUGCCUGGCUGUCUGGCGGGGCUGGGGCACCAGGGAGUUUGACAUUUUCUACCAGUCCUACGAGGAGCUGGGCCGGCUGGAGGCCUGCACGCGAAAGAGGAGGUAAUUCCUGUGGAAUGGCCUUCGCCUGGACCUGGCUGGCCCAGGCCAGUGGCCUGACCCCUCCACCUGCAGCCCUCGGAGGACCCAGAAGAUGGACUGGGUUCUUCCAUGGACCACUUGCUGCUAAGAAGUACGAAGAAGGGCUGGCAGUGCUUUGGGGAUUCUCAGGUUCUCCAGGGUAUAGUUACCUGGAUACCCCCUUUCCCCUCUCUACCCCCCAAUUGCUGCUUUUACAGCCCAAGGGAAGAUGGUGGGGUAGGAUGAAAGGAACUUUUCCUGCCUCCUCUGUCCACUUCCAGGAGCAGGGGAGGGGGACCCCAUUCUGGGCUGGGACAUAGGGGAAGGCUGGACCUUCCCAGCACACAGGGCCUGCCCAUUUUCCUCCUCAGGUCAGGGAUGGAAUUACACUAGAGGCUUCCAUUGGGAAGUAGUCUGGGCCAGGGCGGGAGGAGGGCUGUGACCCCUCCCCCUUCCCCUGGUGGCUCCCAGGUUCUCAGCACAUUUCUCAAGCUCCUGAGUUCUCGGGGCCCAGCUUGGGACAGUCUUUGUGUGAGAAACCCCCAAAAGGAUCCUUGGCAAGGAGCACUGCCCAAUCUGGGGAAUGAAUGAGUCCCUUUAAGUGACACAGCCGGAAAGCCAAGAGUAGCCCAGCACAGAGAGUGCUGACUCAGCCUCUCCAUUCUCCUUCUGCUGACAAAAGGAAGGAGACACUCAAUCAGCAGGACUUAAGAAAGGUCCUUGUGUUUAUAGCUUUGUAAAAUAAACUUGGAUGCAGCUGGGCACAAGCCCUGUUUGUUUGCACAUAAUAAUCUUGUUUAUCACUUUCACAAAUUAAUUAAAAUCUCAGCAGUGAGGCCUCUGGUUGUGAAAUCAUAUCCUAUGGGCUUAUACCAGCUCUGUGUUUGCUAAACAUCGACUGCACAUAUGGGCUGCAGAGAACAGGAAGUGAAAUUAACCAGAGAAGUAUGGGUACACCAGCAAGAGUGUUUAUAAAUUAUGCACACACACGCACACACGCACGCACGCAUGCACACACACGCAGGUACACACAUGCAGGCACACAUAUCCACAGGGUGACCAGGGGCUGCUUAACCCAGAAGGGGAGCUCGUACGCCUGUUCACAUCGUUGACCUUUUUGUAAAAUUCAGUUAUAAAACUCAAACGUAAGAUUUGCUGGGGUGUGCGGGCAAAUGUGACUCCUCUUAUCUGAAAAUAAACAGACUCUCAAGAAUGAAGUCAUGGCCUCCGGCUGUAGAGCGCUUGGAAUAACAGCCCAGGCUCUGUCCCACCCAGACCCACUCAUUACCCAGGGUGGAAUGGGCGGUCCCCAUGCAGGCUGCCCCACAGCCGUUUCCAACGGCACAGACAGCUGCUCUGUCAGGCUCCUCACUUCUUUUUACUGGCCUGGGCAUUAAGUCCUGGAGGGGCUGAGGGUCUCCGCCUCCUGCCCACUUCACUGCCAUUCUCCUGCCCUGCUCCCUCAUCAGGGGCUUGCUGAUCACCACCCGCCUUCUCUCAUCCCAGCACCCACAGCUGCCCAGUUCACCCCCAAAUACAAACAGGAUCCUUUUGCCCCCCUGCCCCAAACCUGCUCUCCACAUCCCCUAACACCACACUGCUAUGCUGAUAGAGCCCCCAGGAGCCAGUCCCAGGCCAGCUUUCCACCGGGCCUCUCCCUCUCCCUAACCCUAACCCUAACCCCCGGGCCCAAGCAGCUGUGAAGAAAGCCCACGGCUCCCCCGAGCCAGCUUAGGGAACUUCUUCACGAAAGUUAGAAACCAUACAGGAAAUGGUUAACGAACUUGACUAUAUAAAAAUUAGGAACUUAAAUGGAAAAA